AAUUUUUUCAAAUGUGUUAUUCAGUCGGUGUUGCAGCCGAACACAUUUGGUUGCAGAUGCCAGUCCAACCCCGCUUCUUUCCCUUAGCCGCGGCGCGAACACGUUUAUAUUUCACCCGAUAAUUCAUACCUGACAAAAACAAGCUUUUUCGAAUUAUUUCACUUCCUAUCAUAAUUAAAGGCUGUGCAAAGCGACUCGAAAUGCGUCUUGGCAAAUAACCAUUUUUAACUGGCGUAGAAGACACUGGAGUCUGGAUAAGACUGGACUGUAAACAGUCUGCAGCAAAACAAGCAAGGACAUGCAGGAGAGAGGUCAUUGAGGAUGAUGACAACAGAAGAAUUAUCAACGGCGAAGUGGGGGAUAGAAAGAGACUGAUAUAAGAGGAGGAAGUGGAACUCCAAAGUGCCUACUGUGCCGGGUUGUCCACUGCUGCUGGUUAGCUGCUGUCUGACUGCUGGACGAGAUCAGGUCUGGCUCAGUGUGUGUUUGGCCUUGAGUGGAGGCUGUAUUUUACCCUGACAGCCACAGAGUCAUCCAUCCCACGUUGCUGAGCUGCAGCCCCCACAAACGCCGAGCCAAGCCGCCACCUUGUCUCAUCAGUGUGAGGACACCUACCCCUAUAAGGUUCUGCUUUUUGUUGUUCUUUAGAAAUCUACUUUUUCUGACUUUUUCAAACAAAAAAGCCCCACAGCGACUGCCUCAGCCGUGGCCAUGUUGACGUAAAGAUAACAGUGACUUUUCCGAAGCUGUCGGUUGAUUUAGGUAAAGGCACAGACAUUCUGUGACACAGCCAAGCAUGCUGGAGUGAUGUCCUCAGACUAGUUAAGGUUUUUUUCCUUCUUUUUUUUUGAGACAGAGCUGGCCUCUGCUCACAGUCAGCCCCCUCUAUCUCAUCGCCCUGAAACUUCAGCUGCCACUUUUCCCAGGAAGAACUAAUAAACAUCCCCUAAAAUAAACCACCCAAAAGGACUUGCUACCUUUUUGCACAGAGGAAAAAUAUUUUUGCUUCUGUUUCCUCUCCAUUUUGCCGGGGAUUUUUCUCUUUUUUUUUUUUAUUGCGUUACGAUUAGUCACUUUUGCUCUCAUUAGACAGUUUUCCAUCCAUCUGUCUCCACCGCUGCUCAGUGUUGUUGAGAGAUUCUGAUGGCUAUAAGCAUGAGCAUGGGACGGGACACCAAAUGGCUGACCCUGGAAGUGUGUCGUGAGUAUCAGAGAGGGACCUGCUCCAGGUCUGAUGCGGAGUGCAAGUUUGCCCAUCCUGCCCGGAGCUGCCAUGUGGAGAACGGCCGUGUCAUCGCCUGCUUUGACUCACUCAAGGGGCGCUGCACACGUGAGAACUGUAAAUAUCUGCAUCCACCUCCACACCUGAAAACUCAGCUGGAGAUUAAUGGGAGGAACAACUUGAUCCAGCAGAAGGCUGCAACAGCCAUGUUGGCUCAACAGAUGCAGUUCAUGCUGCCUGGAGCGCAGUUACAGCCUAUAACAGCAUUCCCAAUGACGCCUUCCCUGGCAACCAGUCACAGCAUGGCGUUCAGUCCUUAUCUGAGCCACAUGGGCCCAGGCAUGGGCUUCAUGCCUGAGCUGCUGCCCAGUACUCCCCUGCUGGUCCCUGGGAGUCCCACCGGCCUGGCAGCCAUGGGCAACGACAACUCAGCACAAAAACAUGUGCGCACAGACAAGCUGGAGGUUUGUCGAGAAUUCCAGCGCGGUAAUUGUACGCGGGGUGAGAGCGACUGCCGCUAUGCUCACCCCCUGGAAGCUGGAAUGGUUGACUGCAGCGAGAACUCGGUCAUUGUCUGCAUGGACUACAUUAAAGGCCGCUGCAGCAGAGACAAGUGCAAGUACUUCCAUCCCCCAGCUCACCUGCAGGCCAGGAUCAAGGCUGCACAGCACCAAGCCAGUCAAAACACAUCCUCCACAGCCUUAGGUCUGCCUCCAGGCGUCAUGCAGCUUCAAAAGAGACAGAUUUUAGAGAAGAGCAACGGCGCUGCUGCUACUGUCUUUAACCCAAGCAUGUUCCAUUACCAGCAGGCCCUUGCUAACAUGCAGCUUCAGCAACCAGCUUUUGUCCCCACUGUAGACCCAUCAGAGCUUCUGACACCUGAUCCAGUGGAGCUCCAGUGCGUCCCCAUGGAAACACAUUUCUGCCCCGUCUCCAAACUGCUGGUGGCGGCUCCAGUGGCCCUAAACUCAGUCAGCCUUUCCCGAAACCCCAGUUAAAGCCCCACACUACCGGGGGGGGAGGGGGGGGGGGGGGGGGGGGGGGGGGGGGGGGGGGUCAUCUUUCUGAAUGCAGCAAAUAUGUGCCUCACCUACAGCACACACUGACAAAGUGAGUGACAAAGUGAAACUUCUUAUAAGAUUGUAUUUAAAACAGAAAGCCGCGAUGUUUCACGCAAUACAAACCUGGGCCUGUUACUGUUGCUGUCAAACAACCAUCUUGAUGUAGAGUGACGUGAUCAGGCUGAGCAAUAGAGCUCCCUCCUUCUUACAGCCAUGCAUCCCCUUACCUUAAAGUGCAGCAGACAUAUGCACACACACACACACACACACACACACACACACACACACACACAGACUACAGGCCCUUUAUGGGUUGAGGCCAUCGUCUAUUCCAAAGUCAGAAACUCUGAAAGUGAAUUCUGGAAAAUCAGACUAUUUGGUUGGACCUGUCGCUGGUCUACAAACAUCAUGUGUUGUCAAAAUGAAAGAGUGUUUCAUAUAAUGUCAUGUUUACGUUUCAAGUUUGGCUACAAAUGUAACAUUUACGUCGUAUCAUGUCCAUCAUUCAGCCUGUUCUCUUUGUCUCAUAUUGCCUGAUGAGUCAUCAGUGAGUCAUCGUUAAUUUCUUUGUGCCUUUAAUUUAUGUGCCCAGCUGCAGAGAAGACUUACAUUUGAAACAUCGAUUAAAAUAUGUGGUUAUUUACUCCCUGAAGGCAAUAUCUAUCAUACAAAAAGUCUGUAUAUGUCCUAUAGCUCUUACUGUAAGAAAAUCCAGUCAUCACAGUUGUUGCUGCUUUAAAUUUACCGGUGUGUUUUUCCCAAAAAACGUUAAGUAUGUUCAGGAUAGUCUUUUGGUUUUAAUAGUCAGUAUGUGAUACUCGAUCUCAGCAGCAAAUAAUGAAUUUAUUUCCAUUUUAUGCAAAACUUAACAAACUUAUCACAAAAUUAGGAUUCAAACUGAGACAUUUCAAGGAUUCUUCAUUUAAGAAAAAACGUAAAGACGUGACGUUUUGUUCUCUUUGAACACUGAUAUUGAAUAAGAAAAGACAAAUUAUUACAGUGGAUAAUGGAAGUGAAGGGUAGAUGUGGUUGUGAUGAUAGAAAGGAAGGUUUAUUUAUUUAUGACCUUUAAAGAUGUAAAAUAAUGAUAAUCUGCAGGAGAAGUCUUGUUUAUUUCAUAGUACAACUAUGACUCAUGGCACAAACCCACAUUUUCAGUGUCCAGUCCAACCGAAAUCAAAUUAGAUGAAAAAAAAAAAAAGAUGAAAUCAACAAGUUCAUUUUUAAAACGACAAGCUCAUAUCUGAUGUAGGAGUUCUUGCACAAGACAGAAGCUGGAUUGGUUUCCUGAUGUUGUGCCUGAAGUCAGUGUGUGCCAAGAUCUGCCCUGUUUAAUCGGAUACCUGAAUAGUACCUUCAAAUAAAUAUCUCCCUCUCAAAUGAAAGACAUAUAUAAAUGUGGUUUGUGUAAUUGUAUUCUUUUGUGCAGCUUUAGGAUCGAAUAUGUGGCACAGAAGGUUUAUGUUUCAUGGCUCUUUAGGGAGAAAGCUUCGAACUUGAACACGUCCUGUACGGCUUUCCCAUGUUUCGACUUUUCUACCGAUGUGUGCAUUUUGUCAAACUUUGUCAGACAGAAUAUGGCAGCCAUGGUGUUAUUACAACAACCAAGUUCUGGUAAAGCCUUGAGCUGGAAGAAUGAUCACGUGUUGGAUGACUGAUUGUUAAAAUAGUUACAGACCAGGUGUCAUUUUGGUUUCCAAAUGUCUGUAAGGAAUGCUCUGUGGGUGUGACAUAUUGACAAAAAGGCUUUGGAAACUUGACUUAAAUUAAUAAUAUCUAAAUUCAAAUGUGCCUCUUUCAAGUCUCCUCCACCACUGUCAAUACACUGUAAGAACAGACCAGUGCUCAAAGCUAGAUGUGUUAUUUAAUAACAUUAUUGAAAUGAUAUAUCACAUCUGUACUAUGUAAUUCUCUGAGACAGCUGUGCUGUCUUAUGGUUUAUGUACAGAAUUCAAUUACUGAGUUGUUUGCAUACAUAAGUGUGUCAAAAGAGAAAUGUAUCACACCUUUGUUUAGUUUGAAAUGCUGCUGAUGUGGUCACAGCUGCCCCUGAGAAUAGUUCAUUUUAUACAAUGUUGUGUAUUGUGAAUAUAUCUAAUGCAAAAACUCUGGACAUGCCCCUCUCAAAGACAGGCAUUUUGAAAUGUAAUGACAUACUACGUACAUAAAGACUAUCUCUGAGGCCACAUAGGUACCAUGCUGAUACUGUGUCAAGACUUAUUCAAGUAUGUGUAUUGUUGUAUAGGUUUAUAUUUAAUGUUGAUGGAUGCUGUGAAUACUUUUGCAAAUAUCUCUCACACUCACGUGCAUUGUGGUACCAUGUAUUGGUAGUCAGUUUUUGCACCCCUAUUUUGGAAAGUGCCCAAAGUGCACCAAUGAACAGUAGAAUAAUCAUUCGACCCCAAUUGUAAAAUACUUUUGAGCAUUUAUUUUGUUUUCCACAUGAUGGAAUUUUAAAAAAAGUAACAAUUCAGGGAGACAAUCCAGCAGGAGGAGCAAGUGUCUAAUCCAUUCACUGGCUUCUUAAUAAGAACACUGCUACAGUAACAGAGUACAGUGGGGACAAAUAGGAAGGUCAGAUUCCUGGAAUUGACCCUGAGUCCAUGCGGGUGAAUGUUUGCUUCUUGUUAACAGUCUUGCACCCAAUUCAGUGUGCCACAGUUACUAUAGCAGCAGACCCUGAUGUUCAUGUUAAUUUAGUAAACAUUUUUCCUGCAAAAGUAGAGACCUCUUAUUCACUUUUUCAAAUUAAUUAUGUCCUUCCGUUAUUUAUGUUUGGCUGCUUACCUGCCAACAUGUAGAAUGAUAUGAUUGACAUAAGCUAAAUUGACAUGUCUCCUUACCAUGGAACAUUUUAUGCAAAAUGUCCAGUCUUAGAGAUAAAUCUUUAAGCUAGAUGUGAUCUGGUUCAAGGUCUUAAUAUCUGUGCAAACAUAUGAGAGGAACGCCUUUCUGAUCCAACCCUUGAAACAAAAUGAACACAUGCAUAACAUCCAACAUUUCCUUAAUAUAUAAUUGUUCAAUUAAAAAUUAGGUAGCCUGUUUUAUUUUUGUUAUUGUACAUCGCUAAAGAAACAUACUUUUUUGGUACAGAAAUAUACUUCUCCUUAACCUCUGUUUUUGCCAGGUUUAGCUGCUUCAUUUCUAUAUUCUUUGAAGAAUUUGGAAACAUUUUCUCCCGCUCUAUGAAAUAGUGAUUGUAAGAAUGUCCAGACAUAAUUAGUCUGAAUCUUAUAGCUUUUAAAGACUAGCUUUGUCCAGCCAAGUUAUCAUCUAGCCUUGCUCUCUUUUCCCCCCUUUGACAUCAUUUUGCCUUUUGACUGCUGGAAAAAAAAGAUUGUGCCUCCAGUGGGCGUUCAAUUUUACAUUUAGGGGUAUGUAUUGAUGCACAAGAGCUCAUCAGUGAGGGGGAAUUAUGUUUUGGCACCAGAAAAUCAUUUUUACCACACAGACAUGAAUCAUUAGUCUGAAAUAUGCAGAAAGCUCUGGUCAUAGUGUGCGAUGAACAGAUCCUUUAGCAUGCAGAGGGUGAAUUUGAUCCUGAGCAUACUUGUGUUGCCCCGGAACAGAAAAUGGACCUUAUUCUCACCCACUGUUUAAAGAUUUGAUAGCUGAAAAAGCUAUAGUUAAAAGUGUUUCAUUAAUGGUCAUUUAAGCUUUUUUUUAUCUUACAUAAAAACACAGCAUGGAAAUAUAUUUAAAAAACAUUUAUACAUCAUAGAUAUAGUUUGUGUAGACCAACAAGAAAAAAAAGUAUAAAGUAUAAUAAAAUCAUUUGUAUACAAUGAUGGAGUCAUUGUUAAUGGUAAUAGUUGCUGUUGCUAUGGCAACAAAAUGACAACAUGGCUACCUUUCUAUUAUCCUACUUGUGAAUUUUUUCACAUCCAUUGAAGUGACAUAAACACUAACUUAUUCAAAAAGGGAAUGUCUAAAUUAUCUUGUAAAUGCGACGCAAUUAAUAUUUUGUAUGAAAACUUAGGUCCUUGAUAUAUCCAAAGGUCCUUAGGGGAGAUCAGGUGUUAAUUUUGUGUUGUUUAUUUGACCUUAAUUUUUUUGGUUCUUGUACAUGGUGUUUUUGAGAUUUCAGAAUGGAGUUGGGCUUCUAAAGCCAACACCUUUAUGUAAGGGAGGUAAAGAGGCUUUUGGACUAUUGAAAGAGCUUCAUCUUCUUCUGUUAACCUUACUUAUAAAUCUUCACUUACCUGGAUGGUCCUCGGUCAGUUUCCUGUGUGACAAGGUGUGACCUUUAAUUUGUGAGUUCUGUUUCAGUUUGGGCCAAGAAGGUGGUCCAGAAGCCUCUUCCUGCCCAGCUGUGCUGGGUGAUGUCGAUCCUUGCUGAGGUGUAUACGAAUGUGUAACGUUCACCUUGUUUGCACUUAUGUACAUAACUAUGUUGAAAAUACUCUAAAUUUAUUUUGAAUAAAUAUAGAUAAAAGAGAUGAUUUUAAAAAAUCACAUCAAUGUAUUGUUUAUGAUAUGAGUAUGUCUGUCAUUUAAUUACAGCAGAAAAAAAUUGCUUUGUCCUUUUUUUUGUUUUUUCACCAGAACCCUGUUAUUUUCAUAUCAUUGACUUUGGAAGACAUGAACGACUUGAUAAAAAGCUUUUUAUGUUCACGCAUUGAGAAAACUUUGUUUGAAUUAUACGUCACACAAGAAAAGUGGAUUUGAGAAAGUAGUUUAGUUUAGAAUAUAUGAUAUUAACCAGUGCUAACCUUGACUUUAUAUCUACAUCAUGAAUACACUUCUUCAGGUGCAGUCACAUCAGUCAAGCAGGCAGGAAGAAGACAGAAAAAGAAGAGCAGUUGUGUAAAUCACACUUUUGAGGGACCUUGAUGUGUGAUGCAUUCACUGGGUUAAAAAUUAACUUUCAUUUUGUCAUUUUAGAAAGUGGGCUAUUCUUUGCUCCUAUUAUUUAAUUUUCACAAAACAAUAAUAAAUCUGAAUUCUCCUCAGGACUUUAGCCAAAUUGCAAACAACCUGGUUUUCCAAUGUUACUCCUGCAGCAGCAACAUCCUUACACAGCUCUGUUCCUUUACAUUUGAACAUUUGAUUCCUCUUAAUUGCAAUUUAAGCCAGCAAUUUUGUUGCCAUGGCACUUGUCCUAGUGGUUGAUGGACUGAGUCAUGCUGGUGAAAGGGUUCACAGCCCUCUGACUCCACAUGUGGGGAAAACAAUGUGGUCAGAGUGCCCUUGUGUUCAUUCUUUCCAUUUGUUUAAAUGAUUGAUUUGUAAUUGUGCCUUUAUCAUGCAAAGUGUGGUUUUACUUUAAUGUUCUUCAUUUACAUUGACUUUAAGGGCACACAUAUCGUGUGUCAAACUUAUCCCUUUAUUAAAAAUACUUUUUUGGUGAAUUGUUAUUUAACUGGGUAAAUAUACAGACAGAAUGGCAACCUGUGGAAGAGGAUGAGGGCCAAAGACUGUUCAGGACUAAGCCAUAUGAAAAACUGUCUUUGAUGCUCGAGGACAGACUUAAAGUGACUGCUGUCAUUGAUCCUUACACUUGUUGUUUUCUUUUUUUUUUGUGAUAGAUUUUUUAUUAUUUAUGUUCAAACAUUGUUACACUUGUUGUUUUCUGUGUGUGGUGCUUGUGUGUGCUGCUUUGCCAAUUUAUUUUGCAGUGUAUAGCUAUUAAGAGUAAGUUACUGUGCCUAUAAUGAGUUCUGCCAUUUCUGUUUGAUCUUUAAUAAAACACAUUAUUGCGA